UUUCUCAAACUUAAUGUGUUUCACUUUAACAUCAGAUGUAAGUGAUUGUAAUAGCUGAAGUAGUUUGCGGUAAUACUUGGGUAACUCGAUGCUGAAGGGAAAGCAGUUUUUUUACUUCGACUAGUUACAACAAUGAAACAUUAUGGAAUUUGAGGUCAAGGGUAGCAGAAACUCCCUUAGUUGAUAUGGUUUUAUUUCAGCACCUAAAUGGCUUUGCCUUGAUAUGGAUUAGGAAAAAAUUGACUUCCUCAUUUGAUAAGGCUUCUCAACUUGAUGCACGCAAACUCACAUUUCAUGUUACAAGAACACAAGCGAGGAAAUGCGACAAAGAUCAGUAAGUUAAAUUUCAAAUAAAAUGAAACCAAAAAGUGUGGUGAAAGUUUUGUUCGUGUUGUUAGUAUUUAAUAAUAAAAGACUAAAUGCUUGCGUUCUUGCCACAAAACAAAUUCAUGACACGUUCUCAUUUCUGUGCCAAAAUCAACUGGUUAAAGUUGACUUCGACAUAUACCAUUUAGAUCGAUUGAAUUCAUCGCUGAAAUCGGAAUAUUUCGAGAAAGUAUUCACUUCGGAGGGUUUUACGCGGAAAAAUGACCCAAUUUUAGAAAUACAGCCUCUCAAUAGUUCCAUAUUUCCUGCAAUACUCGAUAUAGUUCAUGGAAAAGAAGUAUACGACGUUUUAAACAAGGAUAACUAUCUUUCAUUAUUAAAGGAAUUAAAUCAUUUCGGCAUGAGAAUAGAUCUGCAACUUUUCAGUAGCUUGAUCGACCACGAUUUAGAAUCCUGUUCGCCGCAGGAUGCGAAAAUAAUCGAAUUGUACGCUUUCAUCAUUCAGAAUAGCCAGUUCGAGUAUUUAUCGAAGAGUGUUUUGAAAUACUUGUCAAAUCACUUGGAUGUCCUACAAAAUCACGGAAUACUUUCAUUUGACGUGCCGCUCGAUCACAUUGUUCGAUUAAUCAAGAACCUCAAAGAUGCGGAUGAAAACACAAGAUAUCGCGUUGUUCAAAUUUGCUCGAAAUGGCUAUGUCACGAUAUGAAAAAUAGACUUCCACACAUGGCCAAACUGGUGAAAAAGACUAAAUUAUUACACCGUGAUUCAGAAGAAAUGUAUUCGGAUUUCAGCAAAUGUUUACCUUCGUGCGAUCUAGACGAGGAGGCGAGACAAAAAAUGAUCUCGACGUGUUUUUUUGCACAGGUGGCCAAUGGUGGAAAACUUCACCCUACAACAACACUCGACUAUAACUACGACAGUUAUGGGCGAUAUUCUCCCGAAGAUUCAAGUGAUGAAAGUGAAACAGAAACUAUAGUACACGAGAGAUAUGUAAAUAACCGAGACGAUUCUGUCAAGUUGAAUGAAUUCCGAAAAAAUGGAGAUUUGUACGACAUCACAGUUCGAGUUAGAGAAAAAACAUAUAAACUUCAUCGGCGUAUUUUAGAAUCAAAAUCUAACUAUUUUAGAGAUAUUUUCCGAGCAGAGUAUUCUGAAGCAAUCGGUCAAUCUGAUGGAACUCCGAAGACUUGUCCAAGUAAAGAUGAGGAAUACCUAAUCAGUGAUGAAAUCGAUCCAUCAACGUUUGAAGACGUAAUAAGUUAUCUAUACGGGUAUGAGAAUCAUAUUGCAAUAUUCAAAAGAUUCGAAUACAAAUGGGAUAACAUUACAGAAUUUUUAAAAAUCGACCAUUUUUUAAGACUCGACGAAUUAUUACAAGAUUGUAUACGCUAUUUGAAGAAGGAACACCAUAGAGCCAAUUCGCAAGAUGUUGAAAAGAUUUUGAAUUUUGCACAUGAAAAGUCGGAAUAUGAAAGUUUGUACGUUAUUCAUUUAAGUAAACAUUUGGCGGAAAACUGGCCCAAUAUCCACAACAUGUCGCAAUUUUGUUCUAUUUCAUUUCCUGUGCUGAAGAAAGUCCUGAAUUCGUCGCAUUUCAAAUUCGACGAUCCGCAUAAAAUCUUGGACAUUUGUUCGAAAUGGACGAGUAAUAAUGUCAAGGAUCGAUACCAAUUUUUACCCCAAAUCGCUCGACUUAUAAAUCCUCUUUGUGUGGUAGAUGAUGACCAAUAUACAACUGAAGCGGUAGCAGAUUUCAACAUCUCACCAGAGAAUUUUGUUCAAGAAAAAUUUUUGAAAAUUCUGUCGUCACUUCCUUACACUAUUUAUGAGGAAAAAAACGUCAAAAAUAUGUCUAGGGAACAGAAACUGCUGGAAAUACCAAUGUUCAUCUCAGUAAGGGCGAGAGAAAAUAUAAAUGUACUUAACGCCGAUCUAGAUGUGAUCGUAUCAAUAAUUAAUAAUUCUGAACCCAUGUACGAGUACUCAUGGGGACCAUCAACAGCAAGGAAUUACCGAUCUUCGGCGACUCUUAUUCAUGAUAAUUUAUUCAUUCUUUCCCACUUUGAUGAUGAUCUUAAAUUUCUGGUUUAUAAUUUUUUUCUGAAAACAUGCACUCAACUGCGCUGCAAUCUUCCUAGAUUUGUCGGCCUUGACUACUCGUAUUAUCAUGUCUACACCCUCUUGAAUUGCAAUAACGAGAUUUAUAGUUGUUCAGGUGAUGGUCGAAUAGCAAAAUAUUCAAUGGAAUUUGACCUCUGGACGACACUCAUAAAGCAGGAUCCGCAGUCAUUCAGAAGUAAUCUUGACUACACAAGUGAUGGGAAAACGCUGUAUAGGAUGUAUAAAAUGCCAGUAAAAUACCGGUGCUCUAGCUACCAGUACGUUGUAGAGGAGUUUGAUUUAAGAAACAGUUCCUGGAAUCGUGUGAAGGGUUCGCCUUUGAUAAAUCUCAUCCCAGAUCCUACUCUUUUCAGUGUGAUUAACGAUCGUGAUUUCAUUAUUUUCGCCUCUGGGAAAAUUAUUACAUCCAACCGCGAUGUUACAGGUAAUGAAUGGCAUUGGAGUUAUCGCGAUAUACCAAUGGAAGGUGUACUCUUUGUGCAGUAUAAAGAUAGGCUGUCGGUUUUAACCCAUUAUGAACUUUACCGCUAUUACCCCAACAACGGAAGUUUUGAAUUCAAGAAAGCUAUUCCAAAAGCUUUAUGUUUUGGUGGUUCUAUUGUGACGAUUGAUAGACAUUGAUAUGGAUGUCGACACAAUGAAGCAGAUCAGCGGUUCUGUGUCACUAUAAAAAUAUGUUGCGAAAAAAAUUAUAGGUAGUUAGGGACAUACAAUACAUAGUUGAUUUACGAUCAUUUUUCCGAAUUUUAUACAAAUUGGUGUCUUGCUGGAUCUACCAAAUAUAAGACUUUUUUUAAAACCGUUUGGUUUUAUUUUCAGCUACAGAACAAAUUCAUGACACGUUCUCAUUUCUGUGCCAAGAUCAAAUGGUUAAAGUAGACUCGAACAUAUAAUCGGAGUAUUUCUAAAAAUUAUUCACCUCCGAGGCUCCGAAGAUAUUAAACGGAAAAAUGAUCCGAUUUUACAAAUACAUCCCCUCAAUAGUGAAUUAUUUCCUGCAAUACUUGAAAUAAUUCAUGGAAAGGGUUGGAGAGUUUGGGUUUCUCUUUUUGAAGAAUAAAAUUAAUUUUUCAUUUUCUCAAAGUCCAAAAAGAGUCGUGCCGAAAAUUCCACGAUUCAAAAGGACAAAAAUAUUUCAAUUUAUCCAAAAAAGUUCCAUUUCUGCGUCAGAAUUCUUCUAAAUGAACCCUUUUUCAAAAAUAAACUGCCUUCUGCCACCCAAAUAAAGGCCUUAAAUUUGUAAAAAAAAAAAAAAAAAAAAUGUAAUAAACAAAGUUGGUAAAAUGUUUUUGAAAA